UGGACUUUGUUCUCCCUACUACAAAAUCCUCCCUCCAGACCUGGAUGUCAAAGGUGGCUCAGAAUCUGAGCAGCACAGGAGAUCAAUCAAAGGAUCUUGUUAGUCAUCUGUAUGACCUUCCAGGAGCCACCUCAAAAAAAGAUGAAGCCAAACAAGCAUCUGAAGAAAAACAGUCUAAACAGCUGAAGGACGCCAAAGCAAUUACCAAGGCUCAGCCAGAGGAACUGCCAUUCCCCGUGGCUGGUAGUGCCACGAUCCAUGGGCAAAAUAUCAGUGGUCUAGGAAGAGAAGAUUUGAAAGGGAAAAUCUUGCUUGCCCACCUUGCUGCUAGUGAGCAAGAUGAAGUUAUUGGAGAAAGUUGGGCUCUUCCCACAACAGUACUGCCAGUGGAAGUCUCCUCCACCCCACAGUCAGCAGUGGACAUCUGUCCCCAUGAUGUUUUGUACGUUUCUGAUCUCAUCACAUUUUCCUCUCGCUUUUGUGGACCAAAUACACCUUUAAACAAGCCUAUGGUCUUCGGUUCAUCUCUCGAAAUGGUUGAGGUUAUCAUGGAACUAAUCACCACCACGGACCGGGGUCGAGGCUUUGCAAUGCUCUUUGAAUACAAGAACAUCACUGAACCUGAUACUGUAGAUGCUUUGCGGCAGGAGAGAAAGGAAAACAUGAUGAUGCUGGCAAUUAUAACAGGGAUUGUCUUCUUUGCACUUGCUUUGCUCUCUGCCCUCUGCGUAGCGUGCAGGCAGAAAACGUGCCCCAAAAGGAGCUCAUCCAACGCGUGCAGUGACCAGGAGAACGGGAUCCAGAACUCUGCUGUCGAUAUCAAUGAGCUCCAGCUCGUGGUGCCAAGUCGGGAGAAUGAAAACAACAAUCACUCUGUCAGCCGGGAGCAGGCGGUCAUUUCUUGUGGAGGCAGCACAGAACGGUCUCCUCAGGAUACUGAUCCAGACAUGCCCUCCUCCACAUCUGCAGUGACCACCGAGACUGGGAGCGAUGAAGUGUUUAUUAUUUCCGCUGGGCCUGGGGCCAGUGGGCUGAGCUUUACCACUUACAGAACACAGGACAAAAACCUAAAAAGAAGUGUCACAAGCCCAGCCUCCGUAUCUGACUGGCUGACUUCUAAUCACGUGGCUACAGGAGCAGACACUGUUGAGAAGGGGAACGUCCAGAUGGAAAAUCAUUAUCCCAGACAACGAACGUGGAGUGCCCGCACUUUCCAUGAUUUCCUGGCUCCUAUACCACAGCUCCAGAAAAAAUGGUGUAGUUGGACUACCAAUAGUCCCUUUACAAAGCUGGUUGACAACAGUGGUUUUCCUACAGCUGCAAGAACCCAAGGUGUUCCCACCAGAAAAGUAAUUUCAGCCACUGAGAUAGAGGGAGCUUUAGAGACUGUUUACUCUGAUUCAUCUACCAGUAAUGCCUCAUAUCCCCUCACUCUGUCUGCACAAAGGCAGCGGAAGCUGAGCUCCUGCAACUUGAAGAAAUCCAGGUUUGGGAAUCCUUGUUUUGGAUUUUUAACCAGUUCCCCUGACAGCAAACAUAUGAGGUCCUUGGACCCUUCAAGACACCUAGGGACAGUAUCUCCAGUUAACAGUCAGAGCCCCAAAAAUCCUCUAGAAGGCUCCAACCCCCUGAAAAUCAACUUGGUCAAUGGUUCAAAAACAAAGGAGCUUGUGGUAGAAACAGAAAAAAGCAAACCAGUUUUUGUCAUUUCUGAAGAGGGGGAUGAUCAGCAGCCUUUGGUCCUAGCAGAACAUCUCAGUCAAUGCGGAGAUCAUCUGUCUGAGCAAAAUGCUACGUACGCUCCAGCAAGAGCUGUGCCAGACAAACAGCCAGUGGUUCUGACUGCUGAGGGCAACAGUUCUGCCAGCUUCACGUCAGAUCUUCCCCUUUGGGCAAAACCCCCUGGUUUAUACAAAGGUCAUCUGAAGGCCCCUAGGUCUUCCAGGGACCAGCAGAGCUUGCCACCUGUAGCUGCUAAUACUACUGAGAUCUCACUGAGCUUUGAUACCUUAGCUAAUCCUACGCUAUGUCCAGCUUCAGUCCAGUGAUGCCCUCAGAAAGACUAGAACAUCAGUUCAUCAAACAGAUGCAACAGGCAUAUGACUGGAGUGGAACUGUGUCGAGUAGUGGAGAGCAGCAGUUAUAGAUGGAUGCAACUUUGGGCUUUGCCACCCACUGAUAGAUUGGGAUUAUGAGCAUACUUAACAUAGCGCAGCACAAACACCAUCUUCCCUUAUGCUCAUUAACCUCGAAACUCCAUGCAUAAGAAUAGAUUUGAUGUGGUUUAUACAAGAAAGCAUCCUGUGAAAAGGUAUUUCAGACUGCAAAACAUCUUUUCUGAAAUGAGAAAUGAAAGUGAUUUGAGAUGGUUACUUCAUGGCUUAUAUCUGAAAUGUAAAUCAGUCCCCUGUCACUGUGGUAUUACUUGAGUCUUUCUGUUCAAAGCUAUGAGUUAAACUCUACUCGUAGGCGUGCCUGUACAAUUCAAACCUGGCCUAGCCAAUGGUAGAAUUCAAUCAUGCAUGCUAGUGUACAGUUUUGUAGACUUAAUUUUAAACAGUUCAUAACUUUUGCACUCUAGCACAGUUUACCAAGCAUCAGCAUCUCUAUUAAAGAACAUGACUAUCAUAUUCUGACUCUUAAGAAAAGUGUACAGACAAGCUGAGCAACCCCAAUACUGAAUGUUUGUUCUACUCUGAAAGUCUGCAGUAUUAUCGUUGUUAGAUGUACAUAA